AUGGGAAAACCCAAAAGUGAAGUUUGGAGACAUUAUACUAUAUACGGCACCGAGACAAAUGCUCCGACAGUAAAAUGCAAUUAUUGUGAUAAAACAUACAAACAAGGAGUUGCAACAAGGAUGCAAGCACAUUUGAACGACGAAUGCAACAAUGCCCCAGAAAAUUCAAAAGUGAAAAAUAAAAAACCUUUGGCUCGUUCUUUUGAAAAUACAGAUAUAUCAUUAUCUUCCAAUACUUCUAAAAAAAAUAAAAAUUCAAUUACACUUGACGAUUCCUUGGAUACAAUGUCAGGCGAAGAACAAAAAAAAUUAGAAAUAAUGCUGGCUAAAGCAUUAUACUCGAGUAAUAUUUCAGCCGACUUUAUAGAAAAUCCUUAUGUGGUGGAACUUUUUAAGAAAUUAAAACCAUCAUUUAAAUUACCCAAUAAAAAAUCACUUUCUGAUGAAUUGUUAGAUAACAUUUAUUAUGAAUCUAAACAUAAUAUAGAAGAAGUUAUUUCAAAUGCACAAAAUUUAACUUUG